GAGCACCUGGCAGCCGGAAACUCUUAUGAGCUUUGCCUCACCGCACAAACCCAGAUCGUCGUACCAAAAUCUAGACGCUCUUCUAAUCACGAUUCUUCUUCUUCAUGGGAGCUAUUCAAGAAGCUACAGAGGAAAAACCCUGCACCCCAUUCAGGAUACCUUCGACUGCACCCGACCACAGUUCUUUCGUCAUCUCCCGAACGAUUCUUGUCCUAUUCACGGCCGCCUCAUCAGACCUAUCAACUUCGGCCCAUCAAAGGCACCUUGCGCAAGACGGCCACUACCACUCGCCAAGAUGCCGAAGUGGCCUUGCGAGGGAGCACAAAAGAGGUUGCCGAAAAUUUAAUGAUCGUAGAUUUAAUACGCCAUGACUUGCACGGUGUCGUAGGCGAGAAUGUCGAGGUGAAGAAAUUCUGUGGGAUUGAAGAGUACGAGACAGUGUGGCAGAUGGUUAGCGUCGUUCAGGGGAAGUCAACGCCAUCUACUCAAACAAUAGCUCCUACCGAAAAUCACAUUUCUCCGACCCCGAUUGCUGCCGACACAUGUGAUAAGGGAUGGGAGGUCCUGCGCCAGUGCCUUCCCCCUGGUAGCAUGACAGGUGCGCCUAAAAAGCGUAGUGUAGAGAUCCUACGGGAUUUAGAGGACGGACCACGGAGAAUCUAUUCGGGUGUACUGGGCUAUUGGGACGCAGGGGGAGGAGGGGAUUGGGCGGUUGUCAUUCGUACCUGCUUCAAGAUGGACGCCGACGACGGGGGCGACAGUAAUCAGAAUGCAAAUGAUGUCGUAGACGAUGGUGAUGGAAAACGAUUAGGAACAGAUACUUGGACG